AUGGCGCUGGUUCAGAACGAGAUCGGCGGGCGGACGGCCGACUUUGAGCUCGACGGCGUGCGGUACGAGAUCGGUGCCGGCGUCUUCCAUGGCGUCAACCGGUAUGUGGCAGAUGCUGUCAGGGAGGUUGGUCUGGCGACGGUGGACGCACCCGAGGGCACGCUCGGGGUGUGGGACGGGAGCGGGUGGCGUUUUCGCGAGUCGGUGUACUCGGUGGUGACGGCAGUCCGGGCGCUGUACGCCUGGGGCCUCUCGCCGAUGAACCUUCGCGGUGAGACGGCCGAGGUUGUGGCCGCAUUUCUGGAUGUUUACGACCUUCAGGACGCCGGCCAGGGCUAUGAGAGUGUGCCAGAGCUGCUGGAGGCGAUCGGCCUGCUCCGACUGACGCAGCGGACCCUGCGCGAGUACUUGACCCAGGGGCGGCGCAAACUCACGGCGGCGUUUGUGGACGAUCUUGUGGCGGCUGUGACAAGAGUGCAGUACGGCCAGUCCCCGGAGAUUAACGCGCUUGCGGGUAUGGUUGCGCUGGUGGGGGUGGAACCCGAUCUGCACGCCGUGGCGACUGGCAACGCUGCGCUGCCGAAGGCGCUGCUGAACAAAGUGCAGGGUCUCGAGCUUCGGCUGCAGACUGCUGUGACGAGCAUCGAAGCGGUCAACGAUGAUAGCGACGCGAUGUGGGGCACGCGAUACGUGAUCAACGGCGAGCGGGGCACGCUGUACGAUGCAGUGUUUGUGGCGACCCCGCUCGAGUUUGCGUCGUCGCUUGAGUUUACAGGCAUUCCGCAUGUGGAUCUGGCGGUGAUCCGGCCGGCAGGCUCGGGCAUUCCACCGUCUUGGCGCGAGUUCCAGGUCACCCAUGCCACAUUUGUGGCGGGCAAGCUUGAUGCGCGGUACUUUGGCGCGGCCGAGGCGGACGAGGAAGUGCCGUCGUUUGUGGGCACGGCCGAGGUCGACAGCCUCCCGUUCUCGUCGGUGGCGGUCAAGGGCUACUCGACGACGUAUAGUGCACCAGUGCGCAAGAUCUUUUCGCGGCAGGCGAUGGAGCGCAGCGAGCUGGACAAGAUGUUCCAGGCCGGGUACACAGUGCUCGGGGCAUACCGGUGGCGGGCUUACCCCAAGCUGCGGCCGUCGCCAACGUGGGCGCGGUUCGAGAUCGCGCCGCGGCUGUACUACAUCAACGCUUUUGAGUCGGCUGUGUCGUGCAUGGAGACUCAGGCCAUCUCGGCCCGCAACGCCGCCAAUCUCUUUGCAGCUGCUGUUGCUCGUGCCGACGCUGCCGCCGUCCCUCCUUUUGCCGACACCUCGAUGCCUGCUCAACCUGUCGGGAGUCGCAAUGGCAGCGACGACCACGAUGCUUUCUUUGCGCGCCAUGAUGAUCUCUGA